AUGCAGCUAAAAUUCCCUGAAACAGUCCAGAAGAUAAACCUCCUGUACUACUCAAUAAUAGUGAUAGUAUUAGGAACUCCUCUGUGGUGGUACACUACGGACACUUACAGAGCUGCUCUGCCUCACUCUCAGAUAACUGGGUUAACAGAGUAUAAGACAUUGUUCAGUAUCCCUGUUGGUGUGUGUUUUGAUCCGACAGAAGUUCAACAUGGUCGAGUUGAACAGAUAAUCUUAUCUCUAAAACCAUUCCUCCUAUCAAGAGCGUUCAAUCAGGGUCGUGUCAUAUACGACAUAGAUUUGAGUAUUGCUAAGAAAUGUGGGGAGCAGUCGUUUUCUAUAUUGUUCACCAAUGAUGUGGUUCGACCCUCCAAAGCUGAAAUAUCCCCCCAAGGUCUUAAGAUCUCCUUUGAUAAAAUAGAGCGUAUGAUAGCUGAUGUUGCUGAAGAUAUUCUCAAUUAUGUGGAACUGACUCAGCUACAGAACCAUAUCCUGGCUUUAGAUGAUCCAACUCUACAUCCUAUUCUUCAGGACGUGCGUAAUGCGAUGGCAGUAGCCACCUCCUACAACAUCCUAGUGAGUGUGGUAAACCCCGAUCCUGCAGCUAUAAAGCUAGACUACAACCUAGUGGAAGGAACAAAACAAUACCUGGAGCCGUUCAUUACAGAACUUGGUAGUAUAGCAGAAGUCACGUACCAAACACAAGUUAUGAGAUAUGUCAAGCUACCUCACAAGCCGGUUAAGAGUGGUGAUGUGUAUUUCAUAUCCGAGAACAACCUCCCCCACCUUAUCAACCCGAUUGAAAGUAAACUCGGAACCUCGACUACCAACGAUAUAAACCUUAUAAUCUACCUUAUGGAAGGGAAGUACUCUCCUCUGGUUAUCAAAACUAAGGAUGGUGAUAUGAAGGAGCUGCCCUCUUUUCUUAGCCCCCAGUUUGGAGCUGUUCUUCUCUACGAUACCAGUAACAAAACCACGAUAGAUCACUCCACAACAUUUAACGUUCUGUUACCUCAACUUAAACAACUUUUGGGGCUAAAAUCCACCAAUUCUGCUGAUAUUUCACCGCAAGAGAAGUUCUUUAUGGAAUCUAGAGCAACUCUCACUCACAUUUUGAAGUCCAUUGAUACUCUGAAUUCUCUGAUAAGACUUGUGGACUCAAUACCUAACAUGGUCAUUGGAGACCAUAUCGCUGGACAAAUUGCAUCGUCCGUAGAAGGAAUUAACAAAGCACAGACUGCACUGAGUGAAGGAAAACUAUCAGAAGCUUUACAUCAGGCCUCGUUAGCAAGAAAUGCUGCAGAGAAAUCAUUCUCAGAUCCCUCCAUCCUCGCAUUGCUCUACUUCCCGGAUGACCAGAAGUUUGCUAUCUACAUUCCAUUGUUUUUGCCUGUGGGACUUCCUUUGAUAGUUGCGUAUCUUGAAAUAUUGAAACGAUGGAAGAAAAAUAAAGAUAAAACAGAUUAG